GACCGCGAUGAGCACGAGGGGCACGAAGAAUUCGAUGCUGAUGCCAAGGACGAUGCCAUGCUGGAUCGCUUUGACAAGUUCUUGGACGCCCAGCAGAACAAGAUCCUGAGAGCGAGGUCGCUUCCGUUCACGGUGAUCAACUACUUGGAGAUACCUCAGCCGCGAACGAUGCACAUCGAAGCUGUCCUGUCGAGGUUGGUCCCCGGCCACAACCACAGCGACAGCGGCACGGUGCCCCUCAAAAGGGCAAAGCUGGAAGAGCUGGCGGCGAAAGGGCCCGCGGUCACCAAGGAGCAGGUGGAGUUCAUCGACUGGUGGGGGAGCAGGCUCAGCUACGAGGGGAAGAUGCUACGGUGCAACCGCAGUGGCACAAUUCAUCCGGAUGAUGAUCCGAGCGGAGGAGCUAGCAAGCUGUGA